AUGCCUCUCAUCAAUGAGAUUCACGAUUCUCUCCCAUAUGUCGAUGUCGAGCCAUCCGUGGCUGCGCGCAAUGGAGCAGAGGCCCUCAUUGCUGCUGAGCUCCCCGCAGACUACCUGUCCUCGCUUCAUCCGUUGAUCCCCGCAUUGUCUGAACCUCGCUUUUCUCCGCUGAUCCAGCAGGAGCUCGAGCGCAAGGCUGCUGGGGUACCAUUGACUGGGGGAGUCGAUUUGUCCCGUUACGAGGCCCCCGAACCUCCUGCGCGGAGUUCCGAUGCGGGGGGGGAUUCGACUCCAAACCUCGACGAUUGGCGUCGAACCCUACAGCUGGCCUACAUAGCCAGCAGCCACCUCUCUAUCCGACACGAGAACCUCGCCCUUUUGGAGGAAAGCGGCAAAAAUGCCUGGUUGAUUGGCAACUCGCAAUUGGAGGAUAUCCUCCGUAGCAUUGAAAAGGACCUCGCGGACACAAAAGAGGCUGCGGAGAAUGUCAACAAACAGAGGAAGAUUGCCCAGGAAGCUAGCAAGGGAGAGCUUGCGGGGUUGGAUGAUACCUGGAAACGAGGAGUUGGAGCAAUUUUGGAUGUAGAGCUCGCCUCGGAGAAUCUGCGUAUGCAAAUACUGGACAAGCGACGCCAACUUGCUCAGCAAUCGACGCAUUAG